AUGUCUGCCUUCCUCGAUGACACCAGUGUCUUCCAAGCCUGGGAGAUUGAGCGCAUGUGCGGUAUUCAACGCCGCAAUUUCGCCCGUCUCGUUCGAGCUUGGGGUGCCUGCCACCGUCAGCUUCUCCUUCUGAAUCUGUGUGAACGCACCGCGUUCUUUGUGACCCAUGACCUGGCCAUGAACGAGGCCUUCCUUGGUGUCUUGCUGGGCAGCGAGCUUCACGAGUGCGCCUUGAGGGUCGUCCGUCUCCAGCGUCGCAUGGUGAGGUACGAACAGAGGAUGAACGCGGCUGUGGCAGAAGAGACCCGGCUCAACCACAAGCAUCGAUCACUGAUCGAGUAG